CUUAUUAAAUAGAUUUCGAAAUGUCACGAAGCAAUGCAAUACGGACAGAUUUGAAGGCUAUCGUAGACAACUUUAGAGUGAGUGAGUUAGUUACAGUGUGUACAGUAGCUGGGGUGUCGAGGAAUGGGAAGAAGACAGAGUUACUCUCCCGCAUCUACAAUUUAAUCAGAGACCCAGUGCCCACUCAUGUGGAGAAGAAGAUCAUGGAGCUAUACAAGAUAUGUUAUGCGAACCGACAAACAAGCUUCCCGAAUCAUCCGAUGCCUGCUCCGCCCUCUCGACCAGAGAACAACAGAAAUGCGCACAAUUUAGCCAAUAUCCAGAUACCCAAACCACCAACUGCAUCAUACCGACCACCAGACCACAUGAAUUCGAGCCAGUUCCAGUCUACGAACUUGAAACGGCAGCCUGCUCCACCUCAGUCACAUCAAAUGACAGUGCCACCACCUGGCGCAGAACAUCCAGAUGUCAAGUUCAAGGUCAUCCCUUUUUUCGACCUGAUGGACACCAUUUUCAAACCUCUAUGUCUAACCCCACACAACGUCAACUCCACAUAUCAAGACGCAUACUUCAACUUCACGCUGUCAGCGCAUCAUCUGGACCAGAUCCAGAAGUCGCCUCGGGUGAAUGUCCAUGGACAGAAUGGGUCCAUAGUGGAUAAGACGCACCAAGUGCAGGUGCAGAUGCGAUUUUGUCUGAUGGAAACUUCGUGUGCGCAAUUGGACAACUACCCGCCCUACAUUAAUGUGAGAGUCAAUGGAAAAGCAGUGGACCUACCACCGGUGUUGCCACAGAGCAAAGCAGGUCAGCCUCCAAAGAGGAGCCCAAAGCCCCUGAACGUCACUAAGUUCAUCAAGUUUGACCACCAAGUGAACCACGUACAGAUCCAGUGGACGACAGAGUUCGCGAGAACUUGGGUUUGCUCUGUGUUUCUGGUUAAGGAGAACGACUCGGCUGAGUUGCUGAAGCGACUGAAGGCCAAGGGACCGAGAAGUGCGGAUCAUACAAGAGCUCUCAUCAAGGACAAGUUGAAGAUAGACCCUGACAGUGAAAUUGCAAUGACCACUCUAAGGGCAUCUCUCAACUGUCCUCUGGGAGUGUGUAGAAUGACGAUGCCAGUGAGGAGCAAACAGUGCUCACACGUGCAGUGCUUCGAUGCACAAUUUUACGUCAAGAUGAAUGAAAAGCGACCUGCUUGGCAAUGUCCCGUUUGUGGAAAAGAAGCACCGUUUUCUGAACUAAUGCUGGAUGGGUAUUUUCUCGAAGUUUUGGACUCUUCUACCUACGAGUGCACAGAAAUUUACUGUUAUGACAAUGGUUCCUGGGAGCCAAUUGACGGAGACAAACGACAGUUUCAGACUAUUGGGACCCCUCAAAGUUCCAAAACUGUUUCGAUGACGCCUGCUCCAGGCACCGAUCUCACAUCUCCAGUCAAAGUCGAGGACUCGCCCGGACACUCAAGAAACAAUUGCACUCCAGUUGAACCGCAGAAAAAGACGAGCAUUAAUGUUUCAAAAGCUCCUUCCGUUACUGACCCGAAAGAGACUUGUAACAGUAAGAAUACUGAGAGCUCAGCGACCACGCCACAGGAGGAAGAACAUGCAGAACCUCCGGAAGUUGUUGAUCUCUGUUCAGAUUCAGAGGAUGACGAACCCCUGGCAAAACAAAUUCCGCCUGCAAGGCCCGUUUCUGCUAUUUCACUUUCAUCGGCUUCGCCAGCGGAUAGCAACCCAAACAGUGGUGGUGGAAUGCAUAAUCCAAAAAACAAUUCUCCUUUUCCCUCGCCGCCUCUUGUGGCGACUAGCGAAGCAUUAAGAAGCAGUUCAGCCCAUCCGCAAUCCAAUACAGAUCGACAUUUUCCCGAAACACGGAAAAGAUCGAUGACUCAGAUGAACUCAGCUGCAAGGUAUGCGGGAUACGGAGAGGAGGAGCCCUACUCAAAGAUAGUUUCUAACCCUCACUCGAACUCCCAGUCUCGCGCAUUUCUCAAUCCUCCACUUGUGAACCCACAUAUGGCAAUAGGUGUUGGAUCGUCAAAUCGAGGAAUAGGAUCGUCGGCUGGGCCAAACAACCACCCCUUGAUGCCGACUUUUUUGAACGACGCAAUGCCAGCUACUAACUCGCCAGCCGGACACUCUGUGGACUCAUACGGGAGACCCAAACUUAACCCAAAUGCACCCUCUUUCAAUCCUUACACUUCAUAUGGAUUCGAUCCCCGUAGAGGUUUGAUGAAUCAUCCGCAACAGCAGUUACAGCACAGAGAUACCUACUCGGCAAUGGGAUCAACGGCAAUUCCUCCUCCCCCGGCAAGACCGGGAGCACCGAACGAGUCGUACGAGACAGUCCAGAGCAACCCUUACUUCCCCCCUCCUCCAAUGAGACCGAAAGAGUUCAACAUCAUAGAAUUAGAAUGAGACAUGAAUGCAAUAAUGGACUUGUGUUUACAUUGACUCGAUUGAUGUUCAAUUGAUGUGUUGAAUUUUUUGAUGAGCUAGUUUUCUGUUUUACUCCAAGUUAGCCUAUUUGAAGAUGCAAUAACUUUAUUUUCUACAGACUAAAUUUGAACUCUAAAAUGAUGUGAAAAUACGGGAUGUAGUUAUGUUGGAAUACGGUAUUAAGUCGAUAUAGUUUGGAGUCGUGGUAUAAUAGACUUGAUUGGAUUUUUAUUCGUUAAUUAUAGUCUUGUUGAA